AUGAAGUUUGGUAAGACAUAUGUCACGCAUCAAAUCCCGGAAUGGUCGAUUUAUUAUAUGAAUUAUAAACAUUUGAAGAAAAUCAUCAAAUCUAUUGAUUCAGUUAAAAAUUCCCCUGAAAUUGAUGAAUCAAACCAUCCUGAAAUCAUUUCUGAUACAUUAAGUACUUUUUUCUAUGAAUUAGAUAGAGAUCUUGAAAAAGUGGAUUCAUUUUAUAGUACAAAAUUCAAAGAAUAUAAUCGAAGAUUAAUCAAAAUUGUACAAGUUUUAGGUUAUCAAGAUGGUCAAAUCACUCAUAAUACUGAGGAUUUUGAAGAAGUUGAUGAAAUUAUAAAUAUCCUUAUUGAAUUAAGAAGUUUAUUUAGAAAUUUAAAAUGGUUUGGAGAAUUGAAUCAUAAAGGUUUUGUUAAAAUUUUGAAAAAAUUAGAUAAGAAAUUAACAACUAUUUUAAAUGAAAGUGUCAACAACAAUCAAGAAGUGGAUUAUUCUAAUCAUAAUAAAGAAGAUUAUUUGGGUAGUAGAAUUGAUGCAUUACCUUUUGCUAAUGGUUUAGAACCUACUAAUGCCCUUGAUAUCAUACAUAAUCUUCUCAUUCAAUUGGGUCAAUCCCAUGAUGUUGCUCUGAAUAAUACCAGUGGUUCAAGUUCUAAUAAAUCAGCAACCCCAACAAUAGAUUCAGUUGAUGGAUCAUUAACUUUAAUUCUUCAGAAUGAUGAUGUGGAAGCUCUCAAAAAACAAGUUGAUUUUAAAAAAGCCACCAAUAAAACAUUAAUCUCCAUUUUAAACAAAGCCACAUUGCUUAAUUCUUUCAAAUGUGUUGAUUAUACUUGGAAUAAUCUUGAUUUGUUGUAUGACGAUGCGGAUUUCAAUGGUAGAAAUUUUUUCCAUCAACAUGUAAUAAGUUUGGGUAAAUCCCAACUUGUCAAGGAAGAACAGAGAUUAAGUGUUGCAGGUGAAUCGCCUUCUAAUUGGUUGUUGGGUGGUAGAGAUGGUGCUGUUUCUAAUGGGGAUUCUGCAUCCACAGAUAAUGAUAAAUCUACAACAGGGUUGUUGUACAUUUUCAGCAAGUUGAAACAUAAGAGAUUGAUAUUCUCAGAAGAUCAUUAUCAUCGUACUCCUUUACAUUAUGCAGCACAAUAUGGUUUAGUCGAUGUCACGAAAUAUUUAAUUGAAUAUGGUAUCAAAUGGGGAUUGGUAAACACUAGUAUUUCAAUUGAUGAUGUCAGUAUUUGGGGAGAUCAAGAAGGUUUAACUCCAUUGCAUUUAUCUAUUAUCAAGAAACAUCCAAAAACUACCAAAGUCUUACUUAGUUUUAAUAAAUCACAAACUUUGACAUGUCCUGAUUUGUUACUAUUAGCAGUGAGAUUAAAUUCUCGUCAAAUUUUGAACUCCUUAAUUGUUGAAGGACAUAUUGAUGUUAACUAUACCGAUGCUGAACAUCGUGAUGAAUCGGCUUUGUAUAUUGCGGCAAAGUUAAACUACGUUGAAUUGGUUGAGUUUUUAUUAGAAGAAUUAGAUGCUAGUACAGAAAUCUGUGAGAAUGUUUUUGGCUGGACUCCAAUAUUUAUAGCUGCUGCUGAGGGGUAUGUAUCAAUUGUGAAAAUUUUAAAAUCCUUCGGUGCAAAUUAUGAUAUUGUUGACGAUUCGGGUUGGUUACCUAUUGAACAUGCAUGUUUAAGAGGUCAUUUAGAAGUGGCUGAUUUAUUGGUACCAAAAAAUGAAAAACUUUUAGCUUAUGACAUGUAUCAUCCUGAAAAUAAUAGUCCUAGACUUCCAAGUAAUGGUGGUCUCGCUUCUGGCACCAUGAGUCCAACUUUAAUGUCAAUUGCUGAAUCUACCUCAAGUGUGGAUAAAUUACCAGAAUCACAUAAGAAUGCCGUUAACCAAUUCUACAAGACAUUGAAAAACAAUUCUGCUAGCAACGUAUCAACGAGGUCAAUUUCACCAAAAAGGAAGAAUAGAUACAAACCUGUUAAAUCAUUUGGUCAUCGUUACUUAAAUGAAGAUGAAUCAUUGGUUUUGAUUACUUUGGGAACUACUGAUUUAAGAGACAAUAGUCCACCAAUUGAAUUGAAUAAGAUUUCAUUAGCUAAAAGUUUUGCUACAGAAUUAGAUACUGCUUUGUCUUUAUCAAUUACAUGCAUUAAUAGAGUUACUAAUGAACAAAUUGAACCCCCAGUUGUUGUCGACUUACCAUUGGAAGAUUUCCAUGGAAGUGCCACCGAUCCAAUAUCAUUCAAAUUAAGCAAUAACUUGACUGUUAAUGAUGUUAUUAUAACAUUUGACAUUAUUCCUACUUAUCAAGUCAACAAGAAAGUCAUUGGUAGAGCAAUUGCAUUACUUCAAAAUGCCUAUACCAAAGUUGGUAAUAACUUGAGAUCUUUAUAUAAUAAUAUCACCCUUCCAAUUAUGGAAUCAAACAAUCUUGAUAUUUUAGGAUCAAUCAGAUUUGAAUUUUUACAAGUUUUACCAUUUAAACAUGAUUCAAUGAGUAUUGCUAGAAGCGACACCUAUUGGAAACAAUUAGUUUCCACUAGAGUUAUUGGACAUCGUGGGUUGGGUCAAAACAAAAACGACAAGAGGUCAUUACAAUUGGGUGAAAAUACUGUUGAAUCAUUUAUUGCCGCUGCUUCGUUGGGUGCAGCCUAUGUUGAGUUUGAUGUUCAAUUGACAAAAGAUUAUGUUCCCGUUGUGUAUCAUGAUUUCACAGUUGCCGAAUCUGGGGUUGAUAUUCCAAUGCAUUCAUUAACAUUAGAACAAUUUAUGGGAUUGAAUAAAACUGUUCAAAGACCAACAACUACUGUUGAUGAUGAGGUAUUAGUCAGAAAUAAACCACGUGCUAAAUCCCAUUAUAAUUUAGGUUCUAAUCUUAAAGAGAAUAGAGAUUUUGAUAAUAUUGAAAAAGAACUUGAAAAUGCCCAUCAUGAAAGAAUGAAAUUAACUAAAACUUGGAAAAGUAAAGGUUACAAAGGUAAUGCAAGAGGAACAUCUGUUGCAUCGAAUUUUGUCACGUUUAAAGAAUUAUUCCGUAAAGUUCCUUCAAAUGUCGGUUUUAAUAUCGAAGUCAAGUAUCCUAUGUUGGAUGAAGCUCAAUUUGAAGAUAUGGGUGAAAUUGCCAUUGAUCUUAAUUUCUAUGUUGAUACUAUAUUGAAAGUCAUUUAUGAUGAAAACACAACUGGUAGAGAUAUAGUAUUUUCAUCUUUCCAUCCAGAUGUUUGUCUAUUGUUAAGUUUAAAACAACCAACCAUGCCUGUAUUAUUCUUGACUGAAGCAGGAACUAUGCCAAUGUAUGAUAUAAGAGCUUCAUCAUUACAGAAUGCAGUUAGAUUUGCCAAAAAAUGGAACUUACUUGGUAUUGUAUCUAAUAGUUUAACUUUGGUGAAAACUCCUAGAUUAGCUCAAGUUGUCAAAUCAAUGGGGUUGGUAUGUGUUACAUAUGGUGUGGAGAAUAAUCAACCUGAAUUGGCCAAAUUACAAAUGCAAGCAGGUGUAGAUGCCGUUAUUGUGGAUAGUGUCUUGGCAGUUAGAGAAGGUUUAAGAGAACAUAAUGAUGUGUUGAAUAAAUAUGAAGAUAGUGAGUAG